CAACAAUAUAUAAACAAACGCCAGCCAGCUGUAAAAAAACCCGUGAAACAAGCCAGCUAGAUCGUCUCGCAUUAUAGAAAAUGAGCGGCUCAGAAGCUGAAGUCCCUCAGCCGCAGGCCGGAAGGCCCGUCCCAGGCGUCCAGUACCCUCUGAAAGUUUUGUAUUGCGGCAACUGCAGUUUACCCUUAGAGUACUGCGAGUAUUACCCAGACUAUGAAAAGUGUAAACAGUGGCUUGAGAAGAACAUGCCGAAUGAGUUCGAGCGAGUGCUGCAGCUUCAAGGUGAGGCUAAAGAUGACGAGGGAGGAGAAGACGAAAAGAAAAGACAAAAGAGAGGAGGCAAAGGCGUUUUGAAGUCAAAGAAAAAGGAAGAGGUGCCCAAGAAAGUGUGCCUUUCGAGGGCCCCGAGAGGAAAAAAGAAGUCUGUGACUGUUGUUUCUGGACUGAGCACAUUCGACAUAGAUCUUAAGGUCGCAUCCAAAUUCUUUGCACAAAAGUUUUCCUGUGGCUCGUCUGUGACGGGAGUUGAUGAGAUUGUGAUUCAGGGUGACGUCAAAGAUGAACUAUUUGAUAUUAUCCCAGAAAAAUGGCCAGAGAUCGAUGAGGAUUUCAUAGACGAUCUCGGAGAUCAAAAGAGAUAAAUGGCGAUGGUUCAAUUGGAUUGAAUUAAAAUCGAAGAGAGCUGCAAUUAAAAAACUUUCAUUUUUAUAUUUAUUCUGAUUUUCAGUGGAAAUAAAUAUGUUCAAUAUUGGCAA